CUAUAUAUAUACAAAUACAAAAUCUCCUCUUCUUCUUGAAAAAAGCUCUCUUUUACAUUUCUCUCUUUCUCUCUAGUUUGCUUUUGCGCCUAUGAUGCAAGAAUUAGGCUUAGAACGCUUCCCUAACGACGACGUCGUUCGCUUAGACCUCUUCACUCCUCCUUCUCAAUCCUCGUCUACCUCUCUCUCCAUCGACGAAGAGGAAUCUACGGAAGCCAAGAUCCGACGGCUCAUAUCCGAGCAUCCUGUCAUCAUCUUCAGUAGAUCUUCAUGUUGCAUGUGCCACGUCAUGAAAAGACUCUUGGCCACCAUCGGCGUCAUCCCCACCGUCAUCGAGCUUGAUGACCACGAGGUCUCCUCUCUCCCCACCGCUCUUGAUCAAGAAGAAUAUUCCGGCGGUGCCUCCGUCGUUGUUCCUCCGCCGUCGGUUUUUAUUGGCCGUGAGUGCAUCGGAGGUCUCGAGUCCCUCGUCGCCCUCCACCUAAGUGGUCAUCUUGUUCCUAAGCUUGUCCAAGUUGGUGCUCUUUGGGAUUUGGAUAGUUCUUAUGAGUAGUGCGUGGUGACUUUAAUCGGGGCUUAUGAGUAAUUUAUCAUUUCUUUGGUAAAGACUUAUAACGACAUCUUUGUAAAUCAUACGUUGGUAAUAUGAAUACGUUUGUAUGGAUUUCAAAGUUAAGUUAAUUUUGCAUCUAUC